GCGCGCGGGCUCCUGGGCGCCUGGGCCUCCGCCCCCUGACGUCGGCUAGCAGCUCUUUCUUGGGCUCUGUGCAGGUUGCUUCUCCGCCAGGUCUCGUGCCUGUUGCUGCCUUCGCCUUCUGCACCAUGGCUUUCGUAACCAGGCAGUUCGUGCGCUCCAUGUCCUCCUCCUCCACCGCCGCGGCCUCGGCGAAGAAAAUCCUCGUCAAGCACGUGACGGUCAUCGGUGGUGGGUUGAUGGGCGCCGGCAUUGCCCAGGUUGCUGCAGCAACUGGCCACACAGUAGUGUUGGUGGACCAAACAGAGGACAUCCUGGCAAAAUCUAGAAAGGGAAUUGAGGAAAGUCUUCGGAAAGUGGCCAAGAAGAAGUUUGCAGAAAACCCCAAGGGUGCUGACGAGUUUGUGGCGAAGACCCUGAGCAGCAUAUCGACCAGCACGGAUGCAGCGUCCGUGGUCCACAGCACAGACUUGGUGGUGGAGGCCAUCGUAGAGAAUCUGCAGGUGAAGAACGAGCUGUUCAAGAGGCUGGACAAGUUUGCCGCCGAACACACAAUCUUUGCCAGCAACACUUCCUCUUUGCAGAUCACAAGCCUAGCCAAUUCCACCACCAGACAGGACCGAUUUGGCGGGCUCCAUUUCUUCAACCCAGUGCCUUUGAUGAAGCUUGUGGAGGUCAUUAAAACACCAAUGACCAGCCAGAAGACAUUUGAAUCUCUGCUAGACUUCAGCAGAGCCCUGGGAAAGCAUCCUGUUGCCUGCAAGGACACGCCUGGGUUUAUUGUGAACCGUCUUCUGGUGCCGUACCUCAUGGAAGCAGUCAGGCUGUGUGAACGAGGUGAAGCAUCCAAGGAAGACAUUGACACUGCUAUGAAGCUGGGUGCCGGGUACCCCAUGGGUCCAUUUGAGCUUCUCGAUUAUGUUGGGCUGGAUACUACGAAGUUCAUCCUGGAUGGUUGGCAUGAAAUGGACUCAAAGAACCCCCUGUUUCAGCCCUGCCCAUCCCUGAAUAAGCUGGUAGCAGAGAAAAAGUUUGGCAAGAAGUCUGGAGAAGGAUUUUACAAAUACAAGUGAGCAGCUUCUCUGGCUCCAGGACGAAGCCCCGUAAGCACAUACCAGCAGCUCCCCAAGUGCCCGCGGGAAUGCUCUUUGGUCAGAUGUUCCCUCCCACAGCACGAUCUGUUCGAUGUACAUUUUGAUUGUAAUCUAUCUGAAUUAAUCAUUUACAAGAGUUAGAGUAAUAGCAGAUUCCUCCAUUGAGAAACUAAUUCCCUUUCCCUUUUUGAGUCUGUUCAUUUCUGUGUAUCUUCUAAAAAGCUUUACACCCUUGGUGCCUUGGAGCAAACAUUUCUGUUGUUUUCAUAAAGAGUGCCAGAACCUGAA